AUGGCCAUCAUCGCGUUCGACCUGUACGGCACCCUGCUGUCGACUGACUCGAUCGCCGCCGAGCUGGCGAAAGCGGUCGGCGAAGAGUCCGGCCGCGCGCUGGCUGCGCUGUGGCGCCGGUAUCAGCUGGAGUAUACGUGGCGGAUCAAUAGCAUGGGCCACUACCGCCCCUUCAACACCAUCACCCUCGCCGCCCUGCACCACGCCGCCGCCGAUCUGAACCUCAUCGACGCCCUGUUCGGCCACAAUGUCGAACAACAUCUCAUGCGAGCCUACGACGCCCUAGAUGUAUUCCCCGACGUACCCGCUGGUCUGGCACGUAUUGUCCAAGAGAAGUCUAGGCCGGCAGACAGUAACAUUGAUGAUGGUGGAAAGGACGGGAACGUGAAAGAAAAAGGCGUGAUCCAAGGAGCCUGGAUCUUCUCCAACGGGACAUACGACAUGCUCGCCUCGUCGGUGGCCAACUCACCCGGUUUACGCAGUGCAUUGCAAACCGCCCUCAACGGCCUAGUAUCAAUAGACUCCAUGCCCCCCGGAGCCCGCGCUUACAAACCCGCACCGCAAACCUACGCCCACUUUUGCGCGCACGUCGGUGCUGAGCUAAACCAUGUAGUCAACCCAGGCGACGUCUGGCUAGUCAGCUCAAACCCAUUCGACAUACUCGGCGCGGUAGCCGCGGGAAUGCGGGCGGUGUGGGUGGAUCGGAAGGCGACGGGGUGGGUUGAUGGGUUGGGGGGUUGUUUAUCAGAGGGAGAGGGGGGGUUGGGGCCGACUGUUGUUGUUAGGGGGGUGGAGGAGGCUGUGGGGGAGGUUGUGAGAUUGUCUACUGUGUAA